AUGGGCCAACCCAAUUCCGUCGAAAAUCCCAUCCACAACUCCCCAACUGGAGCAGCUUCCUUGGAAAUUCCUUCUCUUGAUGUCAACAAGGUAGUAUCAUCAUCUUCGAAUGCUCAUCGAAAGAGUUUAAAUUUUUCAGAAGUCUUUCAAUCAUCACCCAAAUUAACAAUUUCUAAUUCAACAACAACAACAUCUCCUAAUUCUUGCACACAACAUGUGGAUGAGACGAAUGGAAAUAAUACCACAGAAGAGAGUACUACACCAACAAGUGAAAUGUCAAUUGUCAAAAGUCUAAGAGAAGAAUCAUUUUCUCGAUUUGAAACUAGUUUCAAACAAAAACAUUACUCCAUAUCUGCCAUGGAAUAUCAUCGGUCUUCUUCCAUGAGUGGUCAAAAUUCAACAAAUUUAACAACAACUUCACCAUUGAAUUCUUCUUCAGAGAAGAAAAAAGAACAUCAACGAAAUAGUUCAAGUCCUCGAAAUUUGAAUUCUACUUGUAAUGAAUCUGUUCAUUCACAAAAAUCCUCUCCUUCUGUUGGAUCCAAUCAUGCAAAACAUUCUCAUAUUCGACCUUUUUCAAUUUCGACACUUGACAAUUUAGGAUUUAAUGGAAUUAACAAAAUUUUACAAGAUAAAUUAUUAUUACAACAAUUUAGGAAUUACACAAAAACUGAAUAUUCAGAGGAGAAUUUAGACAUUUUCUUGUUAGCGAACAUGUUAUUGGAAGAAUGUAAAAAGUUUCUGGAAGAGGACGAACAGCAUUCGAUAUAUCACAAUGGAAUUUCUUUUACUUCCUCAUUUAGAAAGAGUCAAAAUGUCAAUCCACAAAAAAUUGAAGAAAAAAACAAACAACAACUCUACAAGACACUCCAAUCUCAAUUCUCCUUCGAAGAAAAGAUGUUGAAAAAGUUGGAAAAACAUUUGGAACAAAUUUUUGAAAAGAUGCAAAAAAUGAAUUCUGAAAAACGAAAAUCAUUAAUGAAGAGUCGACGAAAGAAUAGUGAAUUUUUUGGAAUUGAUCGAAACAUGUUUAAACACGCUCAUUCUGCAGGUGUUUUUGAUGAGAGCAAUAAUAGUGGAAGUUUAUUUGCGGAUCCAGAUGUUUUUUCAGCGUCCUUGUCAUUGGGUGGAACUUCGAGUAGUUUAGAUGGUUUGAAUGUGACACACAAACUCAAGAAUCGAAUUGAGAAAAUCAAGACACAUAAUAUGCAACAACAGCAAUGGUUGGCUUCGAAGAGAGCUUCGAAAAGAAUGAGUUUGAAAUUUUUCACACAGAAUUCGAGUAAUACCUCAUCACUUCCCAAUCCUCAUCAAUCAAAUGUUGUUGCAACAAAUGUGAACUCUCAAAAUUUACCCUCUCUCAUGGAUCAAGAUGCGUCUUUGAAUCAAGAAACCCUAUCUCAACUUUCGACAUUGAUUCAAGAAAUGGAAGCUGGAACUUUGAAUGGUGCGAACAUGACCAACUCUCAAGCAAUACUCUCUACGUUGAUUGCUGUUGAAGAACCUCCUCAAAUUCAGAUUGUUCAAUUUUUAGAAGAUCUUCGAUUUGAAAUGUUGAUGAAUUUGAAAGAUACUUAUAUUCGCUUUUGUCAACAGAAUAAAUUAACCAUGAGGUAG